UUUCUGUCCUGUUGGUUUUAAGUGGAAUUCAGCCUCCAGUCGCAGUAAAAUGUCUGAUUCGAUCAAAAACGUGGCGAUCUUUGGCUCGACGGGAAUGACAGGCUUGGCGACGUUACCUAUUGCAGUAGCAGCAGGUUAUAACGUGACCGUGUUGGUGAGGGAUCCGUCCAGGCUGCCCGCUGACCAUAAAGCCUCCCGGGUGGUGGUGGGAGAUGUCCUUAACAAAGAGGAUGUGAAGAAGACUUUGGAGGGUCAGGAUGCUGUCAUCAUCAUCCUGGGGACAAGAAAUGACCUUAGUCCUACCACCAUGAUGUCUGAGGGCACACUGAACAUCCUGGAGGCCAUGAAAGCCCGUGGCAUCUGCAAAGUGAUUGCCUGCAUGUCCGCAUUUUUGCUGUGGGACCGAGCAAAGGUUCCUCCUCGCAUGAUUCCUGUAACUGAAGACCAUGAUCGCAUGUACAUAUUGCUGAAGGAGUCUGGACUGGAUUAUGUAGCAGUGAUGCCCCCACACAUUGCAGAUGAUAAGCCUCUGACUGAAAAGUACAUGGUCACUGAGAACACGCUGAAGGGAAGAGCCAUCUCCAAACACGAUCUCGCUCACUUCUUCGUCAAGUGCCUUUCCACCUCUGAGUGGGACGGGAAGACAGUAGGGGUGUGUGGAGUUUACAGUUAAACUCCCCACAGUUCAGCACUACUUCACUGAUUGUCAAUAUGAUGCUAACAUUUAUACACAUAAGCUUUUGUAGCACUUCUUUUUAACACAAUAGAUCUUCAAAUGGAAUCAUUAUGAUUACACAAAUAAUAAUGCAUUAUAAUAACCUCAUUAUGAUUAAAACCUAUUUUGCAGUGUCA